AUGGAGGAGCCUUCAGGAAACUCAGUUUCAAGCCAGCCUUUGCUAGGAAGACUCACAAGAAGUAUGAUACCCAACAAAUUACAGAAGACAAGGAAGAUCCGAGUGGCCCAGAGCAAGAUAAAGACCAAACGUAGAUCUGGUGGUACUUUCAAAGAUCCUUUGAGGAGGACCAGUUGCAUCUUCCCACAGCCUGUGACCCUAAUAACUUCAUACCCUGAGAAUAAAACCAGGUCCAGGAGAGAUGAAGCAAAGCUGCAGAAACCCGAACAGCUCUGUGCACUGCAGAGACUGGAAAACCUUCAAGUUGGAGAAGAGGACAGAAACCUAUCAUGUCCAUUGAAGCUUGCAAACCCUGUAGAAACAAUUGUACAGGGAAUGCAGGAUGAAGCCAACAACCAAAGUUGUGAUAAGGAUCAACUAACUCCUGGACAAGUCACCUCUGACCAGCCCCCAUACUUGGAAACAACUGAGCAAGGGGCUCUUCAGCUGUCACCAUCUUUCUCCAGUCAAGGGGUAACAAUGCCAGUACCUCUUCGUCUGUCACCAUCGUACUGCCUACAAGAAGUAACUACUGCAGACAUCCAGAGACAGGCCUGGAAGGUAAAGAAGGCCAGGAAGAGACUGGCUGAGGCCUUGGAGGCAGACAGGCUUGCCAGGCAGGCAGAGAAUAUGAGGGAAUAA